CCUUGGGUCACCGGUCUUUAGGCACCAAGUUCCAACCAUGGCUGCCAUGACGGUUCUCCUGGUUCUGCUGUGGCUCGGUGUCACGACAAGUUCAAAGAUUGAUCUGCAAAAGAGAGUCAUCGGGGGUGAACGAUGCAGGCAGGAUGAGCGCCGGUAUCAUGUUCUCUUAGUGAUAGAAGACCGUAACACCAGAGGUUUUUGUGGAGGCUCUCUACUGCGUAACGGCUGGAUCCUGACUGCAGCUCACUGCUGGAAAAGUGGACAGACUGUUGAGGCAUAUUUAGGAUUGCACAUGGAUAUCGUUGCACCAAUACGCAUACCACUGGGUAUCUUUGAAAAACCUAAAGUUUAUAAAGUCGGAUUCUGGUUUUUUGGAAAGCAACAUGACUUGAUGCUGCUGAAGCUCCCUGACACGGCAACGAUUCCACAUGGAGUGACAACUAUUGAACUUCCUGACUGCUCAGACCAGCCUCAGAUAGACGAUGAGAUGCAGAUUGCAGGUCAAGCUUCGACUUUUGGAGACUAUUUUACCACCAGACAACCUGGCUAUAGCCCAGUUCUUCAGUGUGCGAAUAUUAAUAAGGUUAGCUGUAAUCGGUUCAGACAACAACUUGCCCCGAACUCGUGGCACAUUCACCAACAUUGGUUCUGUGGCCAAACUCCAGGAGUGGAUCUGUGCUUGGGCGACUCUGGUGGAGGAGUUGAGUACAAAGGCAGGAUUUAUGGUGUCAAUUCUUUCGUUGGAGAUAAAAAUUAUCCAUGCAGGGCACCAGCAGCAUUCAUGGACCUCUGCCAUCAAGACUAUCUGAGCUGGAUUGAAAAUACUAUUGGACCAGCUCCAAACCCAGGAUAUGAUGUCUAAAUUGUUCAUUUUGUUUGAUCUACGCAUGAAUAUUAAAACUUAACCAGGUAUAAAAAAAAAAUGAAAGCAGCUAGCAUCAGAACACUUUGCAUUGAAUAAUAUUGUCUAAUUUUAACUUUUUCUUUGGCAUUGAGAAGUCUUGCUUUCCCAGUGGUUACUGGUUUUAAACAACUGGGUCAUUUUCAUCUUUAACUCCUUGUUGUUUCAGCUACAGUUUGAAAAAUGACAAUAAAAACAACCAAUGAAAACCUGA